AUGGCCCCCUCCCUCCUCGCCGCCGCCGCCUCCGCCUCGCCCUUCCUCCUCCACGGCGCCGCCGGAAGCGCCAGCCGCAGGCCGGUCGCCCCCGGUCGCCGCGCCGCAUCCUCCGUGCGCGUGCACGCCGCCAUCAAGUGCGACCCUUCCAAGGUGGAGCCGCAGUCCGACCGGGUGCUCGUCCGUCUCGAGACUAUCCCAGAGAAAUCUGCUGGGGGAGUCCUGCUACCAAAAUCUGCUGUUAAAUUCGAGAGAUAUUUGAUGGGCGAGAUUUUAUCGGUCGGUGUUGAUGUUAGUGAAGUUGAAGCUGGAAAGAAGGUGAGCGGAUUUUUUUUCUCUCAAGGGCCUCCUUUUAAUGCCUGUCCAAGCUUUUCACAAACAAAGGAGCACCGAAUGCUUGCACACGAAGCAAGUGUAUGCUUUGCACGUUGGUCCUUGUGCUGUUAA